GUGGUGUUACACUCCAAACCGUCCGCUAGUGCUAUUUGACAGCAAUGGAGGGAAGACCGAGUAGAGGGAGAGGAGGCAGCUGGAGAAGGGGUGGAGGCAGGGGGAAUGAUAGCGAGACUUGCGGUGGUGAGCACCGGGGCCGAGGGAGAGGAGGCCACCACCGAGGCCGGGGGAAAAGAGACCACCACCGCGGCCGUGGACGCGGAGGAGGCGCCCCUCCAGCCGACUUCCACCAGCGGGAUCAAGAUGAAGGGGACAGCCUGCAGCUGGAGAAUGAUGGGAUGGAGGUUUUUUCCAGGAGGAAGUUGGAGUCAAACUGGGACCGCUAUGAGGAGUCGGAGAGGCAGGAGCCGGCUGAUGACACGCCUUCUCAGAGAGGAACUGACUACCAUGUCCUGCUGGAGUCUGCAGGGGAUUCUUUCACUCAAUUCCGCUUUUCAGAGGAAAAGGAGUGGGAGAUGGACUCAUUAGCAGCCAAUCAGAUUUCGCCAGUGUUUGUGGACCUUCCAGCAUUGGCUCAGUGCCUUCAAGAAGUGCCUCUCCACCAGAGACUUAACUUGGAGGCCGAGCUGCUACAGGUCUCGACACCAGUAGAGCUGCCUGCUAUGACCGUCGCACCCAAACAGGACAUCGUGAAGAUGGCAGUCUUCACCCCUCCACCUCCCAAAGGCCUCAGUAGCGGCCAGGGAGGGUCCUCAGCUACAAAGCCAGUGCUGGGCACGGACCCUCAGGUUUCCCUUCGUGCAGCCGAGCCAGCAGUGGAUGAUGCUGAUGAGGAGCUGGACCAGCUGCUCAGUUUACAGAAACCAGUCUCAGAUGUUUCAGGAAGCCAGUCUGUCAGUGUCACAGAUGAGGAGAGCGCUGUUACAGAUAAAUUGCCUCGGGAACAAAAGGAGGAGGGUCCAGCGGUGACUGAGGAGAAGAUGGAGGAGCUGGAGGAAAUUGAGGUUACACCUCCUAAGACAGUUCCAAAAAGACAGGAAGUGACAGAGGAGGACCUGGAGGACUGGCUUGACAGCAUGAUCUCCUGACACCCAACCAUCAACGGUACAAACGAGCACAUAGACAGAUCAGGAGCAAGUCCAUUUAAAAAAGGAAGGAAGGAGGAAAUGUUCCUGGUGUUAUACAAGAGCCAAUAAUCCCAUUCAGCCUUGGGUUUAACUCUGAGUCUAGAGGUAUUUUUGCUCUGAGAGGAACUUGCUUUACUUUAUUUUGGAUUUAACCUGGAGAGAGUUUCAUCCUCUACACUUCUUCUACCUCCAGUUGCUUCUCAAACUCAUACAUAAGAAGUGCACUAUUGGCUCUGUGUAGGAGUUUCAGACUGACAGAAAAUUAUAAAGCUGACUAGUUUGAUUGGCAGUUGUAGGAUUGUAGGAGUUCGUAGGAUUUUUCCAUUGUUCCCCUGUUGCCCCCAACUUUCUGCUGAUUUUGAAAAGGGUAAGUCACUUUUCCAGUCUUUUAGGCUGAAUCAGUGACAAAAUGUCUGUAGGUGUGGAGAUGGGACUGUGCAUCUUGGACCAGAAGUUUGUGAGAAGGUGUGAGAAGGAAAUGUUCUUUCUACAGUUCACGAUCCACAGAGAAAUAAUUCUCUGUUCCUUGUGAGACUUUGGAAGUUAUACACCACGGGAGUGUCGCUGUGACGAGGGCUUCAGUCACCCUGUGGAGGGACACACAGUGGAACAGGCCAUGCACAACAUGGGUGGUUUAUUGCAUCAAUUACUUUAUUCAUUUCCUCCCCCUUGUCAAAAGAAAUGCAGUUUACCAAAGCUACUACAUACAUACAAAUGGCCAUACAAUAGCAGUUAACCAUUUUGUUGUAAGUGUUCAAUAAAUCCUUGAACUAA